CCAGACAGCUGCAGCCAGCUCGCGGCAUGUGAACCUGGUCUGGAGGAGGGGGCGAGACGGUUUGACCAGCAUCUAUAUCAGCGAAGCUAGUCGAUAGUCGGGACACGCCUUCAGCACAGUGACAGCGUUUGGGUGACUGCUCCCUGCGCAGCGAAGGAGAGAAUGAUAAUAGUGGAUUUUGUUUUUACUUGUAGGUACAGCGCAGCAGAAGAAGGGAAGUCAAAACCCCAAAAGAUUUUGACAUGAAGAAGGACAUAGAAACAUUGAUAGCAGAGGAACGCGCUGAAAUCAUCUCGAAAUAUGACAAGGGCAGGCAGGAGGGUGUCAGCAUCAACCCGUGGGAGGAUGCAGACUACAGCAUCUAUAAGGUCACUGACCGCUUCGGCUUCCUGCAUGAGGAAGAGCUGCCUACGCCCAGUGCGCUUGAAGAGAAGCAAAAGCAGCAGGAGAUAGAGCGAGUGGAGAAAUGGCUGAAGAUGGUGAAGAACUGGGACAAGUACAGGAACAGUGAAAAGUUGGUGAAGCGUGUGUAUAAAGGCAUCCCUCUGCAGCUGAGAGGCCAGGCCUGGGCCUUGCUAUUGGAAAUAGAGAAAGUCAAACAAGAUAACGUGGGAAAAUACGAGAAAAUGAAGCGGCAGGCUCGUAGCUACUCCACGGAGAUCAAACAGAUAGACUUAGAUGUCAACAGAACAUUCAGGAACCACAUCAUGUUCAUGGACCGCUUCGGAGUCAAGCAGCAGGCACUGUUUCACGUACUGGCAGCUUACUCUGUCUACAACACGGAGGUGAGCUACUGCCAGGGGAUGAGUCAGAUUGCUGCCAUCUUGCUCAUGUACCUGAAUGAGGAAGAUGCCUUCUGGGCUCUGUCCCAACUCCUCACCAACAGCAAGCAUGCCAUGCAUGGGUUCUUCAUCCCGGGAUUUCCCAAGCUGCAUCGUUUCCAGGCCCACCAUGAGCUGAUCCUCUCCAAAAUGCUGCCAAAGCUGAAGAAACACCUUGACAAGGAGCAGAUGACAACAGGGAUUUACACCACCAAAUGGUUUCUGCAGUGCUUCAUUGACAGAACCCCUUUUACCCUCACCCUGCGUUUAUGGGACAUCUACGUAUUGGAGGGAGAGAAGAUGCUAAAUGCCAUGGCUUAUACAACCUUCAAGUUGCACAAGAAGCGCCUGCAGAAGCUUCAGUUAGAGGACCUGAGGGAGUUUCUCCAGGAGCAGCUGGCUGUUUCUUUCUUCCUGCCUGAUGAUGUGGUGGUUGAACAGUUACAGGCUGCUAUGUCUGAGCUUCGCAGUAAAAAGCUAGACCAACCUCCUCCAGCCAAGUCAGAGGAGCUGCCAAAGAAACCUCUGGGUCAAGAGAGACCAGUUCUCCUUCUGCCUGACACUCCUCUUGAGGUCAAAAUAAAUCUGCAGCCCCACAGCCAACCCAAUACAGAGGCCCAGCAAAAAGACGGCAUCACCCUACAUCAGACCCCUUCUCCUUCUGAGCCCCAGGACUCGAGAACACCUCUUUUGCCUUCACCUGACCCAGUAGUAGUCCACACACAAAGAACACCUUCUCCUUUUAGGCCUUGUAGAGCACCUCCGUUGCCACCAAAAGCAGACAAACCCUGUGCCGAAGUUGGGUCGGACAGUGGUGCAGAGGUUAGCCAGACAGAAGAUAGGGGGGAACAGGAGAGCCAGCCUGGAGACCAAGAGACCCAGGACGAGUUUGUAGAUUGGCCUCCGCCCUAUGAGCCCCCUUUGGAUGCUUUUACCAUGCAGACUGAGGAGGACAUCAUAGACCUUCCAAAUCUGCCACCUCCGCCUCUAUUUUACACUGAGCAGAAUGACCAAAGGCCCCCGGACAGUGAAUCACCCUGCCUUGGGACCAGGACCCAAAGUCGGUCUCCUUCACCCCGCUCAGCCUCACCACUUGUCACUCAAAUGAAGCCAUCUCCAAAACCAUGCCUGGAACCGCCCGCGUCUCUUGACCUCACACAGAAAAAACCUCCUCCCUCAAAGCCCUUCUCCCCCCAUGCCUUCACUGCACACUCCUCCUCUCCCAGACUUCCUCCUCCAAAGCCAACCAAGUUCCCAGUCUCUCUCUACGUUCCGGUGCCCGCGGAAGACAGACGACCUUCCAACACCUCCCAGUAUGACAACCUUUCUGAGGCUGAUGAAGACGACCGCUACCUGGAGAGGCUGCUGGGCCCCACGCCUGAGGAAAUUCCCAGCAUGCACGGCAAUCCUCCACAUACCAUUGGCAGAGACUAUGACCCUGCUCUCUACCCUCCACCUCCUGUGUUCAUCCCUCCUUCGCCUUCUCCUAUUCCUCCCUUGCUGUGUGCUCUCCCCAGUUUGCCUCAGGAGUCAGAUUAUGAAGGAGAGGACAGCUGGGUGGAGGACUCCAUCAUCCCCCCUCCGCCACCUAGUUUUGCUGACAGACUCAGUCCCUUCCAGUGUAGUGCUGCCAGCUGUUCAGACACACACAGAGCCACCUCGCCUGGUUACUCUAAGCCUUUCUCCAGGGGCCCCAGGGACCAUUCUGCCUUCCCAGCACCACUGUUGUACACCGGGUCUCCCCCAGGCCACUCCAGGCCAUCAGUACAGUCGGCAGCAGGGGUGCCCUUGGUCCGAUCUAGCCCAGACUUUUGCAGUAUGCCUCCAAGUGGACAGCAACUGCCCAAAUCAGUGACCUUUUGAAGUUUCUAAGUAACAUUCAAGUGUUACUGAUUAUCCCAAUAUGAUUCAGACUCUCUGUUGAGACGUGAUUACUUUUAAGACAUUUAUGAGCUGAAAGGCCAGUAUCUAUCCAGUGUGUCAAAGGUUGGUGUGUAUGUGUGCACGUGCGUGUGUGAAAGGACUUUUUUUCAUUGCUAUGUACAGAUUUCUGUGAUACUUGCACCUUUUUUGUAAGGGCAGUUAACUUUUUUAAAGUGUCAAACUUGUAUUUAAAACUGCUGCCUGUGCUACUGUUUGCUGCACAAAAAGUGAGUGUAUUAACUCGCCUGCUCUUGUUAGUGCGUGAGAUCAGUUUUGGUUUUUCAUCUGAUUAAAAUUUAAAAAAACAAAUGAGGUCAUCUAAUACUAGCUGCGUGUUUCACCAUCACCUCAUCUCUAGUAAGUUUCUGUUUGUUCCAACAAAGUGUCUUUACCUGUCCGCAGAGCACUGAGGGUAGUGACUCUAGAACAAAGGCUUUUGAGGCUGCAGAGUAAGGUUAUCUUCACUGAAGCACCCAAAGCCUAAACGUUUAAAACAGCAUUUAUGGUAAACUGUGAGCAGGCUCACACAUCUUAACAGUAUGUCAAACUGCAAUGAGUAACUGUUAAUGUAACAGUUUUUUUUACUGUAUCUUUAGGUCAAUACUUGACUACAAAGGACCACUAAACCAGCAAACUCUUAAGAGAAGCUGAAGUUGUAACCACUAGCGACAGGAAAAAAAACGUGGUGCAAUAUGUCACUGGUGUAAAUACUGAAGCUAGUAUAAUACAUUUUUUCCCCAGAUAGGUAGCAGUGGGUACUCAGCUGCUUUUUUUAUGUUUGAAAUUGGUUUGUUAGGAUGCUGUCAAUUUCAAAGAAAAGGUUUAUAUAUAUAUUUAUAUAUAGAGAUCUGUUUGUCUAACACGUGAUUUCACAGCAAUAAUGUACUGUAUUGAUGUGUGUGUAUAUAUAUAGAUGCAUGUAUCAAAGCUAAAUAAGGUGGCAGAAUAGGACUUAACAGGGGGAUUUAAUGAAUGCAACAUAUUGUCAGCACAGACUGGCUACAGUAAAAAUCCAUGUCAAAAUAUUUAUGAAGAGUAGCUCCAUCUAGUGGUAAGAAGGGUUACACAUCAACAGGAAUUGGCUUUAAGCACUAAUGUCCAGUGAUGAGAGGCUUUUGGGAAGACUAGUUCUGAUCCUGAUAUAAAUGCUAUCUACAGUGUCUAUUUAUGAAUGUGCACAUUGUCUUUUCUACAUUUAGACAUGUCAAACAACCUAGUAAGCUCAAUUUAAGAAUACAAGGACAGACCCCGUGUUACACCACCCUGUAGUGUCAUGGACUGGGAAGAGAAGCGAAUGAAUCCAAAAGCCAUUGCAGUGAUUCUGUUGUCAAUUUAUUUUAAUUGCUCUGAGCAAAUAUUCUUGAGAAAUGGAAGUUGAGCCAUAAUAUACUGUAAAAGGACCUAAUAGUCAAACAUGUUUAUAUUGUUGGUUCAUUCAGUUAAAUAUUACGUUGUAUACUAUGCCUAAACAUGUUUGUGUUUUUUGCACUGACCUUUGUCAUUACCAAGAGGUUUUGUCAUUCUCUGUAAGUACUCUGUUGUUUUAUAAUUGAGUUCCAGGUAAAUGCUAAACAUUUUUCAUUUGAGGGAGUGAUGUGAUUUUUUACAGUUUGUUCGUGAGCUUUGGUCUUACCCAAGAACUUGAAUCUUAGCCUGGAGUAUCUUUAGUCAUGUGACCUGACCACCAAUUGUACAUCACUGCUCCUUUAAUCGAUCUGGUUGACAUCAGAGACGCUGGGGCUCAGACCAAAGCUUAUGUACAUUUAUGCAACUGCUUAUGAGUUUUAUAAAGAGAUAAACCUUA